UAUCUAGUACACUUCCACUAUCAAAACCAUCAGCAAAUCCAAUCCUCACGCUCCAAAAUGGAAAAACCAAGACUUAAGCUUCCGCUCCUUACCCUCUUUCUGCUACUAUCAGCCUCCUCUUCGGCACAGGUGAACGCCGCCGGACGGAAGGUGGGCGGGUGGACGGAGGUGAAGGACGUGAAGAACAACGAGGAGGUUCAAGAAUUGGGAAGAUAUUGCGUGCGCGAGUACAACCGGGUCCUGCAGGAGAAACAAGGCGGCGGCGAGUUGCUUAGCUUCUCGGAGGUGGUCAAGGCGGAGACGCAGGUGGUUUCCGGGAUCAAGUACUACCUCAAGAUCUCCGCCACCACCAGCUCCGGCGGCGCUCGAAGGAUUUACGAUGCCGUUGUAGUCGUCACGCCCUGGGCCCAUUCUAGGGAGCUUAUCGACUUUGAACCCAACCACCCAAGUAAACAUUUCCUUGACAUCUUAGUAUAAUAUAAUCUUAUGAUUAUGAUCAUAUAUGUUGAUCGAUCUCGAUCUUGUCGAAUGGUUAUUAUUCAGUGACGAAAUUAAUAAGAAAAAGAAUCACUGUCCGAUUUUAAAGCUAAUUAAGGUUGUAUUUUCGGUUCAA